AUGCGGUGCAACAAAGCAUUACAUCGGUAUGAUGCUGUUGUGGUGGGUGGGGGUCUUGCGGGGUGCCUUGUCGCCGGCCGUCUUGCGAUGGACAACCGGCGGAUUGCCGUUAUUGAAGAGGGUGAAGAUAUUCGGCGACAGCCCCGGUGGCAUCGUAACUUGGCAUGUAGCCUCCUGUCGCAUAGAUGCGGGGGCCGUGGUUACGAGAGCCAUACCAACGUUACAACUCCUCAGCUUUCGCAUGAAAAGGAAAAUGCCCCUGCACCCGUCAUGAUUCCAACACCGAAAGUGCUUGGCGGUGGCGGAGUCAUGGGAGGCCGGUCAUGGCUUAUUGGUGAUGAGGCGGAUUGGACUGCAACUCCAUGGGACUUCCGUGGUGAUCUUUUACCUCGUGUGCAACGCUUGGAAAAUGUGGAAGGCGCAGGCCCACACCGCGGUCGUCGGGGGAGGUUUACCGUUGGUCGCUCGCACGCCCAAUCUCCACUUUUUAGGGUAUUUUGCGAAGCAAUGUCAAAAGACACGUCAAUAACAAGUGAUUUCAACAAGAAGGCGUUUGCUGUGCGGACGGGUUGCGGGCGUACUGAGUCUUUUGUAGACCCAAAUACAGGUGUGGCGCAUACCACACUGCAGAGUUACUUGAUGGACGCCAUCGAACUUAGGCGACCGCUAGACGUGAUAUGCAACGCGAGAGUCUUUGGUAUCAGCAGCGGUAAGGACGACCCGGCUAUUGCAACUGGUGUCUCCUACACCCAAAAGGGUGAAACGGUGCAUGUUGAAGCAGAUGAUGUUAUUCUUUGCGCUGGAGGGAUCGGUACACCAUUACUCUUAGCUGCAUCCCGCGGUCCACUUCCCAUCGACCAGUCGGUUGGCACAAAUUUUUGGGAUGCACCGCAGGUGAAGCUCCAAUUUCGUACCCCAUCGUCGCUCAGUCACAAUUGCUUCAUGGACCCGUUGGUGCAGGCAUUUUUGUGGCCCAAUGUAACGUACGGCACCCCUAUUAGUUCCCUGCGUUCUGCAUAUGACGACAUGAUUUGUUUCUGGUCGAGCACAGGAGGACAAACCCCUGAUGUAAAAUUCAUUUUUCAGCCGUUCACGCUCAACAAUGACGGCUCACAACCGAAAAAUGUGACUCAUGGAGUGCAGAUUAUUGCUCAGCUGCUGAAGCCCAAAAGUCGCGGGUCCAUAUGCGCUGAUGGCACCAUUAACCCGCAGUAUUUUUCCCAUACGGAUGAUGCAGCAGUUCUCAGCAAAGCCGUGGCGCGAGUGAAGGAGCUGUCGAAGGUAUUGCCUUUUUCUAACCUUUUUUCUGAACUUAUUGCUGAGCAUUUUGAGUCAGCAGGCGUCUACGGCGGGGCAACGUACCCGGCGGUCGCACCUGAGACAUUUCUCGUGAAAGGUACGCGAAACGUGUAUGCAUGUGACGAAAGUAUUUUGCCCUCCCCAUUGUUAGGUGGAUCUCUGCCUUUUAUAUUGGCUUUAGGGGAAAAAUUUAGUGAUCAUUAUUUGCAGAAACUGGAGACUACCGGUAAAGCAGCUGCAUCGGAAGGUAUCGAUGCGAAGGCGCGUAUAAUUUAUUGA